GCGAGGCAGAAGGAGCAGAGGAGCACAGCUCUGGCACAUCUGGCACAUCUGGCACCAGCUCCCCGUCUCUAAAAAAGCUCACCAGGAGGCAGGCCGGGGGCCAUGGAGAAGCUGCUGAGGAGGUGCCGGGUCAGAAGCCUCCUGGUGCGGGAGUGCCUGGCUGAAUGUCUGGGAGUCUACGUCCUGAUUUUGUUCGGAUGUGGCUCUGUUGCACAGGUGACCACGUCUGAGGAAAAAAACGGCCAGUAUCUGUCCAUCAACCUUGGCUUUGCUUUGGGGGUAACAUUUGGGGUCUUUGUGUCCCGCGGCGUCUCAGGUGCUCACCUGAACCCCGCAGUUACUCUGAGCUUGUGUGUUUUGGGCAGACAUCCAUGGGUGAAACUUCCUUUAUACGCCUUCUUCCAGGUGCUCGGAGCCUUCCUGGCUGCAGCCACAGUUGGUCUGCAGUACUACGACGCCAUCCAGAAGUACAGCGGCGGUCAGCUGACAGUGACGGGUCCGACGGCCACGGCAGGAAUAUUCUGCACUUAUCCGGCUGAAUACCUCAGUUUGUGGGGCGGCAUCGUGGACCAGGUGAUCGGCACCGCCGCCUUGCUGCUGUGUAUCCUGGCCAUAGGGGACCGGAGGAACACCUCCAUACCCGACUAUCUCCAGCCACUCCUGGCUGGAGCGUCGGUGCUGGUCAUCGGCAUCUCCAUGGGCUCAAACAGCGGAUACGCCCUGAACCCGGCGAGGGAUUUGGGACCCCGGUUCUUCACUUACAUCGCUGGCUGGGGAGACGAAGUUUUCAAGGCUGGAGGCGGGUGGUCGUGGGUCCCGUUGGUGGCUCCCUGCAUCGGCGCGCUGGUAGGGACUCUGAUCUACCUACUGCUGGUUGAAGUCCACCAUCCGCCCCUCUCUCCGGAGAUCCAGCCGUCGUGUCAGGAAGCCGCGGAGGGCAAGACUCUGGAGCUGGAGGGAGUGGAACCAGACGGUGGAAAACCUGCCUAGCUGUCAAACGGGGCUGUACAAAAGACUAAAGGUGUCUAACGCUAAUCCACUACAGGAUCCGAUUAAGGAAGUCCGUUAUCUGCUUAACGAGCUAUUGGGAAAGCUAUCGGCACCGGCAAGAAGACUGAUAGGUUACGAGGCGUUUUCCUUGGAAUCACUAUCAGCUUUACAGCUAUAUAAGGAUGAUCGUAAGCCUUAUCAUUAAUGCUUCAGGAUAAAUUAAGAGUUCAGUGGACGGUUCAGAACAAAUUUAGCCCUGGACUCUAGAAUAACGCAAUCAAAAGACGGAUAUGUGAGGAUCACGUCACGUCCGAGUUGAUCUACGUUGUGCUUUUAGCGCGCGGUUGUGACGCAGAGAUCCUGUAUCACUAAAGGUGAAGCAUGAGCAGAAUGAA